AGUUUCCCCAUAGUCACACGACUGUCAAAAAGUACAAUAGAUACAUUCAACGUUCGGAAUUCGGAUGCUAAAAAAAAUUAAAAAUUGUUAGUGAUGUGUAAAUGAACUAACAACUUUCGAACUUAUUUCACCUUUCUUUAUUAAAUACAUAAAAUUUAUCCGCUCAAUACUACAAUACGUCAGGGAGAUUACUUCAGAAGACGUCAACCUAAAGAUUGACAAUACUAAAAACAAAAUUAGUCAUUAAUUAUUAUUAAUAAAGAAUGCCCCUUUUUGGUAAAUCACAAAAGAGUCCUGCAGAUGUGGUCAAAGCCUUAAAAGAAGCAGUUAAUUCGCUCGAGAAGGGCGAUAAGAAAGCGGAGAAAGCGCAAGAGGACGUUAGUAAAAAUCUUGUACUAAUCAAGAACAUGCUGUACGGAACCUCCGAUGCGGAACCGCAGACUGAUAUAAUUGUGGCACAAUUAGCGCAGGAGCUGUACAACAGCAAUCUUCUUUUAUUGUUAAUUCAGAACUUAAAUCGCAUCGAUUUCGAAGGCAAGAAAGAUGUGGCGCAAGUUUUUAAUAAUAUAUUACGAAGACAAAUUGGGACUAGAUCGCCUACCGUGGAAUAUAUAUGUACAAAGCCCGAAAUUCUGUUCACUUUAAUGACUGGUUACGAACAUCAAGAGAUCGCCUUGAAUUGUGGGACGAUGCUACGGGAGUGUGCCAGAUAUGAAGCUUUAGCCAAAAUAAUGUUAUACUCUGAUGAUUUUUAUAACUUUUUUAAGUACGUUGAAGUAUCCACUUUUGAUAUAGCAUCAGAUGCCUUUUCAACUUUCAAAGAAUUACUGACACGUCAUAAAAUACUAUGUGCGGAUUUUUUGGAAAUGAAUUACGAUAAAGUCUUCAAUCAUUAUCAACGACUUCUUAAUUCUGAAAAUUAUGUUACACGUCGGCAAAGUCUUAAAUUACUCGGCGAACUUCUACUCGACAGGCAUAAUUUUACAGUAAUGACGAGGUAUAUUUCCAACCCAGAUAACUUAAAACUUAUGAUGAAUAUGUUGAAAGAACGGUCUAGGAAUAUCCAAUUCGAAGCUUUUCACGUGUUUAAGGUGUUUGUCGCUAACCCUAACAAACCGAAGCCUAUUCUUGAUAUUCUUCUUCGUAAUCAAGAUAAACUUGUAGAGUUCCUCAUGAAAUUUCACACCGAUCGGGCGGAAGACGAACAGUUUAACGACGAAAAAGCAUACCUUAUACGACAGAUUAGAGAACUACGACCCUCAGCGGAUCAUUAACAGCAAUAAAAGAGACUGCAGCUAUAACUAAAACUGGUAGAUACUUUCUUAGGACGUUUUUGUGAAAUUACAAUUUCAAUAUUUCAUAUAGGGGUGCCUGCCAAGUGCUACACGUUAUUCUAGGACUUAAAAAAAAAGUAACAAAAGGAGUUUAUUAAUUCUAAAUGCUAGAAAUCUAAAUAAAAUAGUUUUUUAAAUCGAAUUUAUAACCAAAGGUAAAUAUGUGGACUGUUAAGUUGUUAUACCCCUAGGAUAUUAGAAAUGUUAGAAAACGAAGGUCGAGUGUUCUCACUCGGUAUUCUUAAUCAACUAAAUCGAUUAUCUUCCUUUCAUUAUUAUGUUUAAUAUGUAAUUAUGUAUUUUAAUAACUACAUGAACUUGUUGCAGUUUUAUUCAACUAUGUAUUUUAAAACUUCUUUAAAUGCUAUGGGUUGCCCUAUUUAUUUCUGCAGUAUAAAUGCAAAUAAAAUAUACUUCCUGCAAUA